AACAAGCGGAGAUUCAAGGGAAAAAAGCACUGCUGUAGAGACUAAGAUCUUGAUCUGCAAUGCAAAUGACAGAAAGAAUGGAAUUGGUUUCGGAUAAUAGCAGGAGUGGUAAUAGACAAAAGCUAUCAGGAGUAUGCCACGGAGGAUGCCUGAAGAGAUAACGCGAGAUAAGUAAUUCAUUCAGAAGUCUCCCCUCUCCCAAAGACCUGAUCUCCUCUUCCCCCGCUCUCAUCAACUUGGGGCCUCAUGCCCGGACGAAAAUGAUGGCAGAACCCGCUGCUCGGGCGGAAAGCUCCUGCAAACGUUGCCAUCGAAGAAAAAAGCGCUGUGAUAAGACUCUACCACAGUGUCAAGCAUGUCAACAUGCCAAGGUCUCCUGUAGCUUUCUAGACGAUGAAACACAGGUGGCCUCUUAUCCAAUCGUAUACGUACGCGGCUUAGAGAGAAGAGUCAAAGAACUAGAACAACAGCUUGCGUCGUCGCUCACAACCCAGAAUUCUCAGACCGACCCAUUGUCCUCCCCGUGGGAUCAAGAUACGGACCUCCAUCUAGGUGAAAACUCGAUGAACUUGGACGACCUCGCCGCAAAUCAAUCACCUCCUGCGCCGUCCAAAGAUCAUCCGCUACCUCGGUCCGAUACGCAACCUAUGUCUUCCCCGUUGGAUAUUGCCGGACAGAGGAAUGGUAAUCUGGCCGAUGAGCUCAGGUUGCUGUCCUUGGAGGCGGCCGCAGAGAGAUAUUUGGGCUCCUCCUCCGGUCUCUCCUUUGCCAAAUUGACCCAGACAGUUCUACAACGACUCUCUCCUGACCAAGAAGGGUUUAUGUUUGACGGCGGUGUCACAGAUAAUUCUCAGCAGAGUUGUGAUUGCGAUGCUGAGCCCGAGUUGCUUUCCAAUUCAAACUCUAUCUUCUCCGAAAUGAACGCUGCGUUAACAGGCCUCCUUCCUCUAAACUCGAUCUUUGGCAACCCGGUGGUUGAGGACUUUGAGGACUCGAUGGGGCUCGCCUUGUUGGACCCUUCCCAUAUCAAUUCCCUACUAGAAUUUUAUUUCGCCCAUUCGCAUACCCUCUAUCCUUUUAUUCGAAAGAGCGAAUUUGAAGCCGUCUUGUGGAGGAUAUACGGUGACCCGCUCGAUCCCAUGGCCCAGUCGCCUCUGUGGCAGUUCCGAAUCUGGAUGGUCCUAGCGACUGGAUCCACGACUUACUGCUCCGUAUCUCUCAUGGACGAAACUGAAUCUAUCCAAUUCUUCAAUAAAGCUAUGACCUAUUUUGAGGCUGCAAUGGGAUGUGGAGACUUGGCUGGCUUAGAGGUACUGAUGCUGCAAGUCUCAUAUUCAUUCUUCAACAAGAUUGGGCCCAACACCUGGUUCCUGGUAGGUGUAGCGGCUCGCAUGGCGACAGGCAUGGGACUCCAUACGUCAGACGUAUACCAGACUCUGGCGGUAGACGUUUCUGAGCAGCAGAAGAGACUUUUCUUUUCUUUGUAUAUGAUGGACCGUGUGGUGUCAUUGGCUUUAGGAAGACCGUUUGCCAUUCAAGACGAUGAUAUAACAGUCGAGCCGUUUGCCAACGCCGACGACGCAAAUAUCCAACCAGAUGGUAUCGUUGCUGCAUCGACACUGGAGGCGUCCACGAUGGCAGUUCCCCUUCACAUCCUAGCGCUGCGGAGAAUUGCAAGUGAUAUCGGCAGUCAAGUCCAUUCACAGAAUUACAGCCAACGUCAAAGCCCGGGGGCUCGAGAGGAAACCAUCCAAAACCUCCAUCGGAGACUUCUUGAUUGGCGCCGCAGCAUGCCAUUCCCGCUUCCCGACCUUCAAUCCAAGGUACCCCAUCUAUGUACUAGCUGGUUCGAUUUAAACUACUAUACCCAUGUGAUCAUGCUCUAUCGCCCAUCACCACUCAGCCCGACGCUAGACGCGGCACGAAUGAAGAUUCUUGCCGAGGCAUCAGGCAUGGCAAUUCGACAGGCCACUAAUCUGCACCGACAACGUCGGUUUGCGUAUAACUGGCUUAAUUUGGUAGCCAUAUUCAAUUCUGCAUUGUCACUUAUGUAUACGUCUACGGCUCACUGUGAGAACCUGCCCUUGAUGGUGGAUCACUCACGAGCCAUUGAUGAUCUUGAAUUGGCUGUGGAAUUAUUGGAAGUCUUUAGUGGAAAGUUUCCUUCUGCAAAGAAGAUCCAAGGCAUGAUCCGGACUGUUUCAGCGAAGUUGAAAAUGUACAAUAUACCUUCCAUAGGGUUCUGAGGAACCAAUCCAGUCAAGGUCAUGCGGAAGGUUGUCCAUGGUCG